AUGCCAGCCAACAAGCACGACCGAAAAUAUUGGUGCAAAAUAGCAGGAAGCGGAGUUUGCUACACCAUCAUUUCUACAACCGGCUACACCUCGAAAGACCACGCGGGGCGAGUGUCUCUCGAGGACAUCCCCCAGAACGGCACCUUCGCAGUGACGAUGACAGAGCUGAAGAAGAGCGACACGGGGACCUACCGAUGUGGCAUCGGCAUCAGCAACAGAGGCCUGUAUGUCAGCCUGAACCUGACGGUUUUGGCAGAUGCCGGUGUGUUGGGACCGACUGAGCUCAUCCGGGGGGAGCUCCGCGGCUCUGUCACGGUCCUGUGCCCACCCGGGGACACCCAAGGCGGUGAGAAGAGGUUCUGGUGCAAACUGGGGAGAAUCGGCUGCGCGCUCAUUGCCGACACCAAUGGCUACGUAGAAAAGAGUUACCAAGGACGAAUCUUUAUCACCCCUCAGGAGAGCUCUGGAGCUUUCAAAAUCUUGAUAAAUGACUUAAAAAAGGAAGACUCGGGGCUGUACAGGUGCGGGACGGGAAGCCUUAGCAGCUGGGACAGCCCGCGGGUGGUAGCUCUGCAGGUGACCGCAGCCUCCACCCUUCCCAAGAGACCAAAAUUUCUGAGCGGCACAGUCGGAGGCUCGCUGUCCUUGAAGUGCCACUAUGAUCCCGAGGGGAACUACGAGAAGAAGUAUUUGUGCAGGUGGAAAGAAGCUAGCUGCUCACUGCUCGUGGAUGCGGACGGGUUUGUGCACGAGUCCUACAAAGGGCGAAUACAAAUAGCCAGCGGCGACCGGGAAAAUGGGACUUACACGGUGGUGAUGAGCCACCUGAGAGAGGAGGAUGCAGGAUGGUACUGGUGCGGGGCUAAAAACGGGCACACAGAGCACACCUCCUCUGUGAAGCUGCGCAUCCAGAAGGGUAGGUGA